AUGCCAGUGUCUGGGAAAAAAAUAGAAGCACAAUCUCAGUGCUCGCCAUCUCCUCACUUCAUUGAUGUCCCCAGCACCCUCGUAUCCUUACUCCUCUUUCCCUCAUUGCUGCUUCCUCACUCCCCCAACAUUUCUAGUCCCCAAUCUCUCCUUCCUCCCUUUUCAAUCCUCAAUUGUGGGUCUUCGUGUAUACAAUUUAGUGGGCAAGGGCAGCGGCUUUGGUGGUUCCAUUUGAUAGAACUACGAAGUUAUGCAAAAAAGAGAGGCUUUCUUUACUUUGAGUUCAAUUCAGGUCUUUCUAAAUGCAGGGAAAUUGAAGAGGCCAAGAACCUGUUUGAUGAAAUGCUUACAAGAGCUCCUGUCACAUGGAAUUCUAUGAUUAGCGGGUCUGUAAGAAACAGGAAACUAAUGGAGACAUUAUUAGAGCUUUUUCACAGGAUGCAGGAAGAAGGGGUUGAGCCUCGUGAGUUUAUAAUGGUAAGCUUGUUGAAUGCUUGUGCUCAUGGGCUUACUUCAACAAGGGAAAUGGAUUCAUGAUUGUAUAAGAAUGACUUUGAGUUUAACGUUAAUGUUUUGACAGCAAUAAUUGACAUAUAUUGCUAAUGUGGAUCUAUUGAAAAUGCUCUCUCCAAAUGUUUGAGGAGUGUCCUAGGAAAGGGUUAUCAUGUUGGCAGGAGCUCCAUUAUUAUAGGGCUAGCCAUGAAUGGUCUUGAAAGAGAAGCAGUUGAGUUCUUCUUUGAACUUGAAUCUUCCUCAAGUUUAAAGCCAGAUUACGUAAGUUCCGUCGGUGUGUUUGACAACUUGUAAACAUCUAGGCAAAGUUGAUAAAGCUAGGGACUAUUUAAUG